GUUCGACCUCGUCUGUUAACACUUCCGUUUCCGGAAGGCAAUGCUAAGCAGCCGCAACAUCAACAUCCUCAGAUAGAGUCCGCAUAUAACAUAUUUUAAUCUAAAUCGUUUGUUGUAGGAGUGUGAGGAUGUCCGGACAGAAGCGUCCCGGUGACAGCGGCGGGCCCUCCUCCUCUGGUGCUCCUCCAGAGAAGCGGAGGGACAGGGAGGGAGGAGAGGACGGAGGCCCGGGGGUCAGCGCCGCAGCCGGGGGGAGCACAGCGGUGGAGACGGUCAUCAAACUGGGAGGAGUGUCCAACUCGGAGGAGCAAGACAUCAAAGCUCUUCAGGCUAAGAACCGGAAGCUGGGAGAGGCUCUUGAUCAAAGACAGGUGAUUGAGGAUGAACUGCGAGAGCGAAUUGAGAGACUGGAGACUCGCCAGGCGACUGAUGAUGCUAGUCUGCUGAUCCUCAAUAGAUACUGGAACCAGUUUGAUGAGAACAUACGACUGAUUAUCAGGCGGUACGACCAAUCUAACACUGAACCUGAGAAAUCUCCGGCAGCAGAGGGGCGGAGCUUAAAGCCAGAAACUCCAGAACCUGAUGGCGACUCCAAUCAGGAGAGGGCCAAAGACAGAGGCCACCAGGGAGAGACGGCCACCUCCUUCCUGGCCACGCUGGCGAGCAGCAGCAGCGAGGAGAUGGAGGCGGAGCUGCAGGAGAGGGUGGAGUCCAGCCAGAAGCAGGCCAAUCGCGUGGUGGAGAUCUACGAGAGUCUGAAGAGCACCGUGGACCAGCUGGCGACAGAGCUGGACCCCGUAGCUGAGGGCUGCUUGUGGCGCGUUGCCUCUCAGCUGAACACCCUGCUGGCCAGUGAGAAUGAGCGGCUAAAUCAGCUGACCGAGGACCUCCAGCAGAAGCACAGCCACAUGACCAGCGAGUCUCGCUCUCUUGGCCGUGCGGCAAACAAGGCUGACACACGGGUCAGUGAGCUGCAGGGUCUGAUCGAGGAGCUGCAGUGGGACAUGGAGAAGAUCCGACGUCGAGAGAACCGACUCAACGCACACCUGAGUGAAAUCCUAGAGAGGGUGAACAGUAAAGGCUAUAAGGUGUGCGGGGAGGCCAGCAGUGUUUGUGGGACCAUUACUAUUAACAAGAGAAAGUUUGAGGAAAUGAACAGUGAGUUGGAGGAGAAUCGGGAGCUGGCAGACAACCGUUUCAGUGAGCUGCAGAAGCUGCAGCAGGACCUGCAGAAUGUCAACCAGGAGAACAACAACAUGAGGGCGGAGUUGUUGAGUCGAGCGGAGGGCGUGGUGAAGGACAGUUCAGAGUAUCGCUGUCUGCAAUCCCAGUUCUCGGUGCUCUACAAUGAGUCUCUGGUCCUCAAGGCCCAGUUGGACGAGACGCGCACCCGCCUCAGCACCACAAGGACUGCGUGCCUUCGCCAGCUGGAGCACAUGGAGAAUGACGAGGUGGCCCUGCAGAGGAAGGUUCGUACAGAGGUCUUUCAGCUUGAGGACACACUGGCCCAGGUCAGGAAGGAGUAUGAGAUGCUGCGCAUUGAAUUUGAGCAGACUCUUGCUGCCAAUGAGCAAGCAGGCCCCAUUAACAGGGAGAUGCGUCACCUGAUUAGCACUCUACAAACCCACAACCAGCAGAUGAAGGGAGAGGUGGUGAAAUACAAGAUGAGACUGAGAGAAACGCAGUCUGAACUCAACCAGGUCCGGGCUAUGAAGGGCAGCACCAUCCUGCAGUCUCAGUCGAGCACAGAGAUGGACGUGAAGGAGGAGACAACCUCUCCAUCCAUCCCUGCCGUCUCUGGGGAUCCCACAGUCAAGACUGAGUCUGACAACGGCUCCACCACACCCAGCAGCACCGGUAUCACAGUGAAAAUAGAGCCUGGGACAGAGGCCGAGGCAACAGUGAAGGAAGAGGAGAAAGAGGAGAAGAAAGAGAAAGAGGAGAAGAAAGAGAAGGAAAUUGUAAAGAAAGAGGAGAAGGAAAGAGAGCGAGAGAAGGAGAGAGAGAGGCCAACCCGAAGUAGUGGGGGCAGCGCUGUGGUGAAGGAGGAGAAAGAGAAGCCAGGGAGCAGUAACCAAUCAGAGGAGUCGGUCGGGGAACGUCCAUCUGUGGUUGGAGGGCCAAAAAGGAAGGAGAUGGAACAGCUGAAGAUUGUCCGUGCUGAGCUCAAGAAAGCCCAGGAGUCCCAGAGAGAGAUGAAGCUGCUGCUGGACAUGUACCGCUCAGCACCCAAGGAGCAGAGGGACAAAGUCCAGCUCAUGGCUGCUGAGAAGAAGGCCAAGUCAGAGGGGGAAGAGCUGAGGCAGAGGCUGAGGGAACUGGAGGAGAGGGAGAGGAGGGAAGGCAAGAAAAUGGCAGAUGAAGAGGCGCUUAGGAAGAUCCGGUCCGUGGAAGAGCAGAUCGACAUCCUCAACAAGAAGCUCUCCAUAGCAAAACAGGAGGAGGACGCGCUGCUGAGCGAGAUGGACGUGACGGGCCAGGCCUUCGAGGACAUGCAGGAACAGAACAUCCGACUGAUGCAGCAGCUCAGAGAGAAGGACGACGCCAACUUCAAGCUGAUGAGCGAGAGGAUCAAGUCCAACCAGAUCCACAAGCUGCUGAAGGAGGAGAAGGAGGAGCUAGCUGACCAGCUGCUCACUCUCAAAACACAGGUUGAUGCCCAGCUGCAGGUGGUGAGAAAGCUGGAGGAGAAGGAGCGCCUCCUGCAGGGCACCAUCAGUACUGCCGAGAGGGAGCUGGCCCUCAGGACACAAGCUCUGGACAUGAACAAGCGCAAGGCCCAGGAGUCGGCAUUGCUUUCAGAGGAGGUGCGCACUCAGCUGGAGCAGGUUCAGCAGAGGCUGAGCCUGGUCAGAGAGGAGGUCAUAGAGAACAGCAUCUCCAGAGAGAAAGAGUCCUUCAAUGCCCGACGUGCACAGGAGGACAUCUCCAAACUUCGGAGGAAGAUCGAGAAGGCCAAGAAACCAGCUGAGAAAAUCAGCAACGGAGACGAGAUCCUAAAUGAAGAAAUCAAUGAGUACAAGGCACGUCUGACCUGCCCCUGCUGCAACUCCCGGGUGAAGGACGCCGUACUGACCAAGUGCUUCCACGUCUUCUGCUUCGAGUGCGUGAAAACGCGCUACGACACGCGACAGAGGAAGUGCCCCAAGUGUAACGCCGCCUUCGGAGCCAACGACUUCCACCGCAUCUACAUCGGCUAGAGCACCGAGCUGGGAUGUCCCGUAGCGGUGCAGGUUGGGGUGGGGGCAAGGAGCACAGCAUCACAGGGACUGCGAGGAACAAGACCCACCACUAGCCCCUCCCCUCCUCUAGUGUGUAUGGGAUACUACCAUUGUGAAAGUCACUCGAUGAUUCCGACCGUAUGGGGCCACAGUGAUGCUCUGAACUCAUCUCUGCUGUUUUGUUUUUGUCGGCUGAAUUCAGCUUCUCCUGUCCGGUGUUAGCUACUUCCGUUAGCCUGCUGGUCCAAAGAGAAUCCAUACAGCUGAGAUUGUGCCAGUUUGCGUAGCAUACUGAGUCUGAGGAGUGUGUGUGUGUGCGUGCAGUUAAAACCAGUGACCCAACCAGUGCGUGGAGAAGAAAAGAAGCUCAAUAGUGAGAUACUUUUGAAUGGAGCUCAACUGUCUCUGUAGUAGAUGUUUGUAUGAUGUCGCCUUAUAUGUAUGUCAUAAUUGUUCUUUUCUUUCUUUUUCUUUUUUUUUUUAUUUGAAAACUGUCUCUUAGGGCUUUAGUUUUCUCAUAUUUUGAAUUGAUGCUGUGUAAUUGCUGCUGUGCUAGUUAUUAAACUGCCAUCAAAAGUG